AUGAAAAGAAAGAGUUUGCUGAGAAAGCCACUUGGGGGCAUAUUCAUUUUGGUUAUACACGCAUCAUUGGGUGUACGUGAGCGCUUGAAGAGUGAUGAAGAUACAGACAUUAAGGCUGUGAUUAGCUCCUGGUUACAACAACAGCCUGAUGAUGUUCGUCAUCAUCUUGAAACUUUCAUUGAGGAUUUUUUUUACAAAGCUUUGGAAUGGGUUUUAAAACAGAAUGAUUUUGUGGUGGAUACUACAUUAGUUGGGGUUGUUAUGAAUGGUCUCUCCCACCUGGUUGACGUUCACAACAAAUUUCAAUUUGCUGUUGGAUUAUUGAGAGGUUUAGGAAGUAAUCUUCCCAAAAUUUCAAAGGAAACUUUUGCAAAAGAGCUGUUUUCUUGGAUUGGAGAAGUUGCACCUGAUCCAAAUUAUCCACUAAACACUUAUUAUAACAAUGGAAAGAGACAGGCUGGACAGCUACAAAGCUGAGACUGAUGAAGAUGUUAGUCUUGAAGAACUCAAAAGUAGUGUUCUACCUGUCAUCCAGACGUCAGAUGUUUUGAGAACAACAGACUAUGUAAUGCCUUGGCUUCAGUCUAACAUAAUUCAACCGUUUCUUCUUGUGGGACCUGAAGGUUGUGGAAAAGGCCUGUUAUUACAACACUGCUUUCAACACUUACGGUCAGUUCAAGUGGCGACGGUCCACUGUAGUGCCCAAACUACACCUCUUCAUGUUCUUCAGAAGUUGGCCCAAGUGUGCAUAUCAGUGAACUCUCACUCUGGAAGAGUGUUGCGACCGAAAGACUGUGAACGACUGGUGCUGUACUUGAAGGAGCUGAACCUACCAAAGCCAGACAAGUGGGGAACGUGUCAGCUGAUUGCUUGGUUGCAACAGGUUGGAGCAUUUUGUUGUU